AUAUGCUCUGUCCUACGGCAAUUUUUUCGCUACUGUGUUUGGCUCUUUCCGUUGUCCAGGCUGUAAAGUAUUGCGGCAUCAAUCGAAAAAAUCGGUGUGUUGCGCAUCACCUGUGCGACCUUGGUUUCGAAGAUGAUCGAGCUGUUGUGAACUUACAAGUUACCUUUCGCGGCAACAAUGGAUGCGAGUCAACAGAAAGCUGCUGCCCAUCUUCUAAGAUUUUACCCGAAAGUGAAGACAACGAUUGGAGCAACCCACCAAAACAAACUAAAUGCGGGUUAGUUAACAAAAAGGGUCUCACAUUCACUUUGCGAUCGGCUGACGGUUUUGCCCAGGAAAACGAACUUCCCUGGAUGAUGGCCGUGAUGCUUCAGACUAACAAGUAUUUGGGCGGCGGCUCAUUGAUCGCCUUAGAUGUGGUCCUUACGGCUCACCACAUUACCAAGAACUAUGGCAGCGACGAAAUCGUGGUGCGGGCAGGCGAAUGGGACUUUAACACUGAAACUGAGAAGUUCCCACAGGUGGAAAUAGGAGUCCGGAAGAUCGUGCGUUUUCCCUCAUUCAAUAGGCAAAAUGGGGCCAACAAUCUUGCCCUGCUGUUUCUCAAAAAGAAGUUCGUGCUCUCACACCACAUCCGCCCCAUUUGUCUGCCGUCGGAGAACCAAAAAUUUGACAGAAAACGGUGUAUCUUCAGCGGCUGGGGCCAGGAUGCCGUCGAGCAAAACUCUUUUAUGAACAUUAUGAAGAAGGUGGAUCUACCAGUUGUGGGCAGCAGGACCUGUGAGGGACAGAUGAAGAGACUUAAAGGCAGUGCCUUCCAGCUUGAUGAGAGCCUGAUUUGUGCAGGUGGUGAGGAGGGCAAGGAUUCCUGCUCGGGUGACGGUGGUUCCCCACUGGCCUGUCCCCUCGAUAAUGAUCCCGAACGGUUUGAGCAGGCUGGCAUUGUAAACUGGGGCGUUGGCUGCGGAGAGGCGGACACCCCGGGCGUGUACACCAAUGUGGCAAAGUUUCGCAAUUGGAUUGACGAGCAGAUCGCAAGGUACUCCAUAUCCACCGAUACAGAAGAGUCCGUGCGUGAAGAAGAAUUCCAUAGACCACAAAAUCCAACUACUACAACUCGCAGGCCUACUACAUAUAGUCCUGAGGAAAUUGACGCAGACGAGUACUUCACCAUUUCUAGUCCAGUAACGUACCCACCUUCCGAUUUUCCUACUAUGACAAUAGUAAAAUCAUAA